AUGAUCGACCCGCAAUGGACACCCGAUUCGUGCGCCUCCGCCUCCUCGAAUGAGGUCCAGUGUGGGUUCGCGCCGCCAGCUUCCGCUCCCAUGGACGCCGCGCUGCUCCACGGCCUUCCUGGCGGCACCGCCGAUACUUUCACGGCACUCUGUGUGGUUCCUUUCGCUACGCCCUUGCACGCCGCCUCGCGCCAACCCUCGAAUUUGCCUUCGCCUGGUAAGAACGGUCCCCUCGCGCCGUUCACAAUCAGCGUCGUUCCGCAGACCGCCGCAUCCCCGCGCGUCAACGGCGCAGCACAGCUCGCAGCAUCUUCCGACGUGCUGCCGCUGUGGGUCGGCCCGCUGCACGUGCUGGACGUCAGCACGCACGCCGCGCGAGCCGCGGGGGAGAGCUACGCGGUGCGGCCGCUGUUCGCGCUGCUGGUCUCGUCCGACGCCAGCGCAGGCAGCGGUGCUGCGCCGUGUGGCGAGCAGGAGGACGCGGACCGCGCACUCGGACCGGCGGAGCGCCCACUGAUUGUGGCGGCAGCGGCGUCGGACGAGGAAUGGACGGCCAUGGCGGAGACGUGGAAGGGUGGCGAGGGCUGCGGGGCGGAGGCGGAGGGGGGGUGUGAAUGGGAUCGAGUGGCGGCGGAAGUGAAGGCGCAAGCGCAGCAGCUGCUGCGCGACUGCGGCCUCGCCGGCGUCGCGCUCACCAUCCCCGGCUCACCUCGCCAUCGCCAUCAGCGCGCGCAACAGAUCAUUGCCGGCUCGCACCGGCAAUGGUGCUCGUUCUCCUCCCCCCACCUCCCGCCUCCCCCCAGCGCUCGCUCCUCUUUUCCUCAUCGUGCUGUCCUCCCACUGGCCGUCUCGCCGCGGUCGCCGCUCACCGCGUGCCCUGAGAGUGGCAGCGACGGGAGCAGCAAGGCCUGCGGGUGGGAGGGGCUCAAACGCGGCAACGCGCACGGGAGGAGCGGGAUUAGUGGGAUGAGUGGGAGGGGUGCGCGGACGCUGCUGCUGGCGGCGUGCUGCGCGGGGCUGGACGGACGGCACCUCCGCACGCACAGCCUCGCCGCCGACCCGCUCGUCUCUGUCGCGGGCGACCAGCCGUCGCCCCUCUCCGCCCUCCCCUCCGCCCUCCCCUCCCCCUGCGCCGUGUCUCCCCCGCCCAUUCUGCAUGCACCCGGCAGUUUCCGCCGGCCGCCGGGAUGCUCCAUCGAGGUGCCCUCGUCGCCUGCCGCCGAACCGGAGCGCGCGAGUCCGGGGCGCAGGCUGCGGAAGCUGCUGUCGCCCGUGUACAGCCUCGGGGGCAGCUGGUUCGCCGUGCCGCGCCUCUCCUCCGCCACCGCGCCGCCUCUCGCCCGCAGCGCGAACCCGACGACGAACCGCGGGUGCGUGGGGCGCGAGUCAGGGGCGGAUAUGAGGGGGCACGACGAGGAUUGGGGGAACGAGAACAGGGAAGAGAAGCAGGGCGGGGCGGCGGAACGGGGGGAGCGAGUGGAAGAGGGAGACGGAGGCGAGGCGCAGGUGACUGCGCGCGGGGAGGAGAAAGGGGAGGGGGAACGGGGCGAGAGUGAAGAGGAGGAAGAGGGGGAGGAGGAAGACGAGGGGGAGGGGGAGGGGCAGGACGGGCGCGAGUUGGCGCGCUCUCAGACGAUGCGGUCGCUGCAGCGGUCGGCGUCGCGCCGAUCCCAGCCGGGCGGGGCGCGCGGCGCAGGGCAGCGCAAGGGGAAAGCGGCGGCGAGAGGCGCGAAGGCGGGCGCGAAAGCAUCGGCGCGGUUGGCGAUGGCGCGCAGCGCGAGCUUCCGCGUGUACAUUGAGACGGGGAAGGACGCCGCGGGCAGCAAGGGCAGGCAGGGGGACGGCGGGAAGGGUCGCGGUCUGUCGCGGCAGAACAGCGCCGUGGGGCGGAAAGCAGUGCAGGAGGAGCGCGGCGUGCGGUACGUGCGCCAGGCCAGUCAGCGGGAGCGGGGGGGAGAGGCGCAAGGGCGAGGGGAUGAGAUCGAGGGGCCGCGGGAUCAGAAUGGCGGAGCGGAAGGGGAGGAGGAGGAGGAACCGGGAUCGUUCAGGCGCGCGUACAGCGCUCCGAACAGCGAGCGCUCGCUGGCGCGCAGCAAGAGCAUGCGGCGCGCGCAAGAGGGAGGCGAAACAGACGUGGGGAGUGAACGACGCGGGGACAACGCGGGGGGGGCAGUUUCGGGAGACGAGGGGAAGGGCGGAGGGAGGGUAAGGGGCAGCGAGCGGGGCGAGGAGCGCAGCGGUGAGCGGCAUGGGGGCCAGGAUCAGGGCGAGCUGCAGCGGUCGCGCACUCUACCCUCCAAACCCGCCCGCAGCGGGGGAGGCCGGGAGCAAGCGGCGGAGAAGGAAGAGGCGGAGUGGGACAGUGAAGCACAGCGAGAGGCUGAGAGGGCGGAGAUGGAGGAAAGGGCGGAGCGGUUGCGGCGGCAGCUGCAGCAGCAAAAGCAGCGGCUGCAGCGGCAGAGCAGUGGGCAGCAGCAGGCGGCGCGCAGCGGCACGGACGAGCAGGCGGCGGGGCUGGCGAAGCGCGGCAGAGAGCUGCUGCGGCUGGCGUCGCUGCCGCGGCAGCAGCAGCUCGACGCGCAGGGAGCGCCGGCGCAGGCGGUGGGGCCGAGGCGGGGGGCGAAGCAGGUGGUGUCGGGGGCGACCCCCAAGCUGCGGCGCACGGGCCGAGACGGCAGCUUCCGCGUGUACCUCGACCUCAGCCCGUGCACCCCCCUCGCGCCCGCCGCUGCCGUUGAGGAUAACGCGUCCACGCAGGAAAUGCGGCGCGCCGCGACGCACUCGGGAGCUUCGGAGCAGACGCGGGCUGGCGGCGUAGCGACGAGCGGGAGGCAUCUGGACCGCGCGGCGAGCAUGCAGGAGGGGGGAAUGCAGGCGCAGGCGGCGGGCAGCGCCGCGGGCAGGCAGCAGCAGAUGCGGCGCGCUGUGACGCACACGGGGACCGCGGAGGAGCGGGUGAUGGGGGGAAGCGGCGCGGGGGCAGCGGAAAGGAGGCAAGCGGAUGGAAACAGCAUGGUGGUGCGGCGGGUGGAAGGGGAGCGCAGGGCGGAGGAUGGGGAAGGCGGGGCGGAGGCGUUGCGGAAGGGCGCGGGCGUGGUGGGCGGCGAGAGGGAGCGACUGGCAACGGCUGCUGCUGUUGCGGGGCGCCGUGUGCUCGUUAUUGACAUCCCCGAUAAGGGAGACCUCUACCCCGCCCCGCUCACCGCCCCUGCCUGCACCCUAGAUCCCUCCCCCACCGCCGCCGCAACCCCCCCAGUUGCUGCCCCCUCCUCUGCGCGCGCUGCUCCCCGCGCGGCCCCCAGCGGGCAGGCGGGCAGCCGUGCAUUCCCUGACGGCAGAAGGCAGCGGGCUGUGGCAGGGGGGCGGGAGCGAUGGGCAGGCAAGACGGCAGUUCCAGGGGCCUCACCCGCGUCAGCACGUGUCGUGCCCACGUCAGCUGCACUCACUCCCACGUCAGCUGCAAUCACUCCCACGUCAGCUGCAAUCACUCCCACGUCAGCUGCUAUUACUCCCACGUCAGCAGUGAUCACUCCGUCCUCAAGGGCCAGCAGCAAGCCGUCGCCCCGCCCCGCCACACUGCAUGCGCCAGCCGUCCCCUCCCCUGGCCCUGCGCGCGCCCUGCUGGUCCCCCCCAGCCACACGGCCCCCAGCGGCCCCCCCGCUGCUGCGCCUCCCCCGCGCAUCCAGCAAGCGCGGUCUCUGCCGCCCAUCCGUGAGGGCGUGGCGCUGCACGGGCUGCUGCAUGCACACCAGCGCGCCACCAGGGGACCCGCCUUCCCCCCUUCCUCUUCCACCCCGCUGGGGGAGGAGCGGAUGGGAGCAUGGGGAGGAGCGGAUGGGGAGCAGGAGGAGGCGGAGAUGCAGUGGCAGGGGGAGCAGGCACAGGUGGGGCAGUGGCAGCAGAGGCAGCCGCAGCAGGGUGUGCGGGCGCAGCAAGGGUGGGUGCAAGAGGCGGUGGGCGGUGGCAAGCAUGAGUGGCAGCAGUGGGCCGUGGUGCACCCCCAUGCUCAGCAGCAGCAACAGGGCCAGCUCUGCUACCCUCCAGAUACCCAGGGGCAGAUGUACCGGCAGCAGCAGCAGCAGCAGCAGCAGCAGCAGCUGUACCAGCCAAAUCAACAGGCGGGUUUCAGCUCCCAGCGCUGGCAGCAGCAACAGCAGCAGUGGAGCGAGGGGCAGCAUGGCAGUGAGCCCGCCUCCCAUCUCGUGUCACAGCAGCUGCCCCGUGUCGGCGCCACCCCUCACUACGCACCACCGCAGCAUGCCAGCAACAUGAGAGUCACCGGUCACAGCCAGCAGCAGCCUUUGCACGGCCCACACGCAGCCUCAGCACGUGCACAGCCUGGUGUGCCCGCCAGCAGCCCGCGUGGAGGCGACGCCUCGCUCACCCGCCUGCUCUCGUGGAACGCCGGCUCCAACUCCUUCGCUGCCGCCGUCCACGCCUGA